CUACGAUGGCCGACAGUCGAUGGCCCCGCUGCACCUCGGUUGUGGUUACCUUAAUUUAUUGACAAAAAUGUAACGCCGCUAUUUUUAAUUGGCCAUGUUACCGCCGCGCACGGCAUGACAAUCGCCCCGACCGCGUUUAUGUUAUUCUUGUUUCUAUAAAUAUCCAGCGCGCGUGCACCUCACUCCAAGAUCCCCGGGUCUCUGACAUCGACACGCGAAGAUGUCUUCUAAGAGCGAGUUGAAAAAGUUAUCGGAGGAAAGUCUGACGAGACAGCCGGAGGAAGUGUUUGAUAUCAUAUGCAAGCUGGGGGAAGGAUCGUAUGGGUCAGUGUACAAAGCGUUGCACAAGGAAAGUGGGCAGGUGCUCGCCAUAAAACAAGUACCGGUGGACACGGAUCUACAGGAGAUUAUCAAGGAAAUAUCAAUUAUGCAGCAAUGCGACUCUCCAUAUGUUGUUAAAUAUUAUGGAAGUUACUUUAAGAAUACGGAUUUGUGGAUCGUGAUGGAGUACUGUGGAGCCGGCUCCGUUAGUGAUAUCAUGAGGUUAAGGAAGAAGACCCUGCAGGAGGACGAAAUCGCCACGAUUCUGAGCGACACUCUGAAAGGGUUGGAGUACCUUCAUCUGAGGAGGAAAAUUCACAGGGACAUCAAGGCUGGGAAUAUCCUUCUCAAUAAUGAGGGCCACGCGAAGCUGGCGGAUUUCGGGGUGGCGGGUCAGUUAACGGACACCAUGGCGAAACGUAACACGGUCAUUGGUACGCCGUUCUGGAUGGCGCCGGAAGUGAUACAAGAGAUUGGGUACGAUUGCGUCGCCGACAUAUGGUCCCUGGGAAUAACGGCCCUGGAAAUGGCCGAGGGCAAGCCGCCGUACGGCGACAUACACCCGAUGAGAGCAAUAUUUAUGAUCCCGACUAAACCGCCGCCCAGCUUCAGGGAACCCGAUCAGUGGAGUCCGGAGUUUAUCGAUUUUGUCAGUGGGUGCCUUGUAAAAAAUCCCGAAGAGAGAGCCACCGCGACCGAGCUUCUGCAGCACGAGUUCAUAGGUAACGCCAAGCAGCCGAGUAUCCUGAGUCAAAUGAUCGCCGAGGCUCACGAGAUACGAGAAAAGCAGAGCGCGCACAGAGCCCACGUUAUAAACAACGUGGCGAUCAAGAGUCAAAACCAGGCGGACGAUUCGGAUGAGGACGAUUGUAGUGGAACUAUGAAACCAUUACCGGAGGACAGCAGGACUUUAGUGCCGAGCCAUGAUCUUCCAGACACGGGUACUUUAGUUUCGGCAAUGUUGGACCUGGGUACAAUGGUUAUCAAUAGCGAUACAGAUACCGAAGCUACCAUGAAGAGACAUAAUACUGGCUCCGUAGAGUCCGGCAAGAAGUAUCGGCCGUUAUUCUUAGAUCAUUUUGACAAGAAAGAGGCGCCUGAAAUCGGAAAGGGUAACGGACAGAUGUUGGGAGCGCACAACAUGGACAAUGCGAACAAAUUGGAGCAGCAAAGUCCAACCGAAUCUCAUAGGUUUCAAAGUCAUCUGCAGCUGCAGCUGCAGAAUCAGAUCUCUCAUCCCGUGCCAGAACAGCCAUAUAACAAUAUAUCCAAGUUUCAAAAUGUCUUCACCGAACGUGAUUUCGAUUUUAGAAGCCGUAUCCUGCAGUUGAAGUUUCUCUCCUACGAGGAACUGCAGCAACGAAUGGCUAGUCUGGACGCGGAAAUGGAGCGGGAGAUUGACGAGCUGAGAAAAAGGUAUCAGACGAAGAGACAGCCUAUUCUGGACGCCAUGGAUACCAAGCGGAAACGUCAACAGAACUUCUAACAGUCCUCCUUUACGCGAAUAAGCGACGACGGAUAGACAAAGGGUGUACAGUUGUAUAAAUGAAUAGAUUUUAUUCGCGUCAUCCCUGGUUUCAUCAAAGAGAAGAACAUUGCUCCCACACCGUGAAUAUUUUACCUCGUAAACGGACAAACGUGUAGCGACUGUGAAUGUUCCCUGUUUACUCGCAAAUCACAAUGUUGCUUUUCUUUAUGAAUCCUGGGGUAUCUUAGCUAGCAAUAGCUAAUAGCCUCACGUCAUCAAUGUAAAUUAUUUUACGUGAUUUAGGUGAAGAUACAAUCACUAUACUUAAUUUUUGUAUUAUGUUUAUCUAUAUUUACUGUUAAAUAUAUCCUAUUCUUAUAGAAAUAUUCUGAGACUCCACUAGGGUCGUUAGAAACUAAACUAAGGAACGCAAUAGGAGUGCAGAAACAAAUGCAUCGUGAUUACGAUCGUUUUUAUAGAGAAAUUUUAUAUUUACUUGGAAAGAAAUCGGUAUUUCGUAUCGUCAUGCUACGCUAGUCAUUUACAAUGCCAUUUUAUCCAGGAUAUGAAAAGAUCAUUUAUUCAUGCGAAAUACACUUAAACGGCUAAGCAUUUCAACAGUUCUCGAGUGUGAAUGCUCUAUUUAAUCAUGACAGUUUGAAAUAAGCGAACAAGGCUGUAAGAUUUAAUUUACUUUUUAUUCUACUGCCAUAAAUAGACUCUCUACUCAUUCAUUUACUAAUAGCGACAACUAACUCUAGUUUACGUUCGAUUUUCUAAGCGAUUGAAUUCAACUUUCAAGUUGCAAACAUGUCCAACACCAAUAAGAUCACGCAAUUCUAAAGUAAUGAAUAGUGUUGUUCAGUAUGCAGUGUCACGAUAAGAAAUGAUGCCGCAUUCUAAUAAGAUAUUUCACGAACGAACUUACUAGUAUUAGAGUCUUCCGCGCGCCGUAUUAGAAAGUAUUUUCCAGUAUGCUCUAAUUUACUUUGUCGUAAUAUGGAAAUUGUUAAAACUGAAAUUUAUCAGAUUCCACUAAUAAUAACGGUAUUUUUAGAAUAAUAUAAAAGUUCGUAUGGUAAUGCCUUACAACAAUCAUUUUAUGUAUAAAGGAUUAAAAAUUUUUGACCGCAUAUUUUUUUGUGAACGUUACAAAAAAAAUAAAUAUAUUUGUACGUGCCAUUAAUGCAUAUGGCGAAUAAUCAUAGUGGAAUAAUAACUCCUUGCUGACGUUUGGGCUAUUUUGCAAGUAGUAGGAAAUAGAGCUAUACUUAAAUGCGCUAUAGCCAGAACUGAUCUUCAAUUUUCUUCUUUUAGAAAAUAAUAAUACAGAAUAACAACAUAUUUUUGAUAUAGAGGGUGUGCACAUGGUCAAUGAAAUAAGGUCCGAAUUUGAGACGUAUAUUAUCCAUAAUCAUGAUACUCACAAACAGAAAUGUAAUACUAAUAAGAUUUUCAAGCGAGCGAGAAAGAAGUAAUUGUUUAACAUUAUACUUUAAUACGUUUUAUAUCCGAAAUUCAAUGUAACUGUACAUAAUAAUUUUCUUGAAGACUCUUUUAAACAAUUUAAA